AUGACCUCAAUAUUCCAUUCCGGUCUCUCAAAAGAUCUUUCAUCAAUAUUAUAUGAUGCUGAUGAUUUUAACGUUAUUAUUCAAGUUGGUGAAAACCAAAAUACAAAAGAAUUUCGUGCUCAUUCAGUAAUUUUACGUGCUCGUUCCCCUUAUUUUAAAAGUGCCUUCUCUUCCGGUUGGAUUUCAAAGAAAAAUAACAUGAUUACAUUUAAUAAACCAAAUAUUGCUCCAACUGUUUUUGAAGUGGUUUUAAAAUAUAUUUAUACUGGCGAACUUGAUUUGACUAAACAAUCGGGUGAAGAUAUUCUCGGUUUAUUAGUUUCAUCUGAUGAAUUACUUAUCGAUGAACUAUUUAACCAUGUUCAAGAUUAUUUAAUCGAAAAACAAACUAGUUUGGUUCAAAAAAAUUUUGUUCUUGUUCUCCACACUGUGUUUCAACUCACUAGUUGCAAGAAAUUACAAGAUUAUUGUCUUGAAUCUAUCUGUGAAGAUCCGAAACCAUUCAUCUCUUCAAAAAUGUUUCCUUCGUUAGAUAAGGAUAUCCUUUUUGGUUUACUUAAACGAGAUGAUUUACAGAUUGAAGAAGUUGUCGCUUGGGAUUAUUUAAUUAAAUGGGGUAUUGAACAAACACCUGGUUUAGGAAGUAAGAAUAGUGAUAGAACCAAAUGGAAUAAAGAAAAUUAUAAAGCAUUAAAGAAAACUUUGAACCAAUUUAUUCCUCUAAUUCGGUUUGUGGAAAUUUCUUCUGAUGAUUUUUUUGAUAAAGUUCGUCCUUAUAAAACUAUUAUUCCCCAUCAUAUUUAUGAAGAAUUAGAAGAAUUCUAUUAUAAAAAAGCUUUACCAAAAACCACGACCUUGCCACCUCGUACAGGAAAAUCAGGAUCAUUAACAUCAACGAUUAUUAAACCGAAGCUUGCAAAUAUUAUUUCUAAUUGGUUUGAUAGAAAUAGCUCACCUUUUGCAGAUAACAGUAAACAUAAGUUUAAUCUUAUUUACUUGAUGAGUCGUGAUGGACUUAACAACGUGGCAUUUUAUAAUAAAUGUAAUGGACAAGGACCAUUUGUAGUAUUAAUAAGAGUUCAAUCAAAGAAAAUUUAUGGUGGUUAUAAUCCAAUUGGAUAUGCGGGAGGUUAUGGUAAAUUGAGUCAAUGGUUAACAUCAACAGAAAGUUUUGUCUUUUCUUUUGAAAAUGAUCAAGAUAUACAUAAUAUGAAAAUUGGUAGGGUAACUAAUUCAUCCUGUUCUGUUUAUGAAGCUUACAAUUAUAGUAAUUUCUUUAAUUUUGGAAAUAUUUUAUUUAUUAAAGGACAAAAUCUUCAUGUUGGGUUUGAUAACAACUAUUAUGAGAAUAUUUUUGGUGAAAGAAAAACACUUAUUAUUGAAGAGAUUGAAGUAUUCAGUGUAGUUAAAAAAUAA